CUGCUAAAUCGCACCAUGCUUCCAAAGUUGUCGCCGGAUGAUUUGAAAGGUUUCGCCACUGCCAUCGGUAGAUCGGCGCAGCUGCUGUCGUUGGCCUCCUUGACACCAGUCGUCCUGAGAGGACGCAUGACCUUCGCGUCAGCACGUGCCAGGAAACCUGAUGGAACAACAGAUGCCUCAAGUACGAAGGAAAGCAGCAUCCCCUGCGGCUUUCUCUCUCUGCUGUUGCUCUUCGGAUCUGAAGUGGUGGCGGGCUUCCGCCCCUUGCUGUGGCCUGCCAAAGAUUCGGGCUUGGUGCAGGCCGUGGAGGCUAUCAAGAAGG